GCGGCGCGGCGCGGCUUCCAAGGCAGAUCUCCCCGGCGGCCCCGGCAGCGCGCGCCCGAGCCCCGGCCUAGCCGCCGGCUGCCCGCCCGCUCGCAGCCAUGAGGAGACUCUGCAUGGGCGCGCUGGGCGUGCUGUCCAUGACCUUCCUCAUCGCCAGCAUUUCCCUGCUUGUGGCGCACGUCCUGCAGAAAGUCGUGGAUUCGCAAGUCAAACAGGCUGCAGUGUUAAAAAAUGGCACAGAGCUUUUUGAGGACUGGAAGGAUCCUCCGCCUCCAGUCUAUAUGCAGUUCUACUUUUUUAAUUUGACGAAUCCGCUAGAAGUGCUUCAAGGCGAACCUCCUUUGGUAAGGGAAGUUGGACCAUACACUUACAGGGAGGACAGACCCCGAGUCGACAUUCACAUUUUAGACAACGGUACAAAAGUGUCAUCUUUGAACCCCAAAACUUACUUCUUUAAACCAGAGAUGUCUGUGGGGGACCCAGAAGUUGAUCUGAUCAGAACUGUGAAUGUCCCUGCCGUGACUGCGAUGGACCUCACUACCGCGACUGUCAUGCACUUACCUACAGAACUUUUGCUGCUCUUAUACCAAGAAGACAUGUUCACGAUGCACUCAGUACAUCAGCUCUUGUGGGGUUACACGGACAAAUUUCUCAGUGCGAUGCACAGAUUCAAUCAGAGCAUUGACCCAGAAUUUGGAUAUUUUAAAAAGGAUAAUGGGACCGACGAUGGCGAGUACGUCGUUCUCAGCGGGACAAAGAACUACUUGGACUUCACAAGGAUUGUUGAAUGGAAAGGGGAUGACUCACUGCACUGGUGGACAUCACCAACGUGUAACAUGAUCAAUGGAACAGAUGGGUCUACUUUCCACCCCCUGAUUGACAAAGAUGAGAAAAUCUACGUCUUUUCCUCAGAUUUCUGCAGGUCUUUGUACUUAACCUUCGAUAGUUAUGUGAUGGUCGAGGGGAUCUCAGCCUACCGGUUUGUGCCUCCCAAGAAGAUCUUUGCCAAUGCCUCUGUUAAUCCAGACAAUGCUGGGUUUUGUGUGCCAGCAGGAAACUGCUUUGGCGCAGGGGUCCUGAACGUCAGUGUCUGCAAGCAAGGUGCACCCAUAUUUUUAUCCCCGCCACACUUCUACCAGUCCGAUGAGGCGUAUGUCAAGGACAUUGACGGCAUGCAUCCAAAUAAGAAGGAUCAUGAGCUGUUCCUGGACAUUAACCCAAUGACAGGCGUGCUGUUACGGGCAGCCAAGCGCAUGCAGAUCAAUGUUUAUGUCAGGAAACUUCCAGAUUUUAUCCAAACAGGCAACAUCAAGACGAUGUUUUACCCUGUGAUGUAUAUAAAUGAGAGUUUCCUGCUGGAUAAAGCAUCUGUGGAGAAACUGAAGAAUGCUAUUUUUGAAAGCUCCAUGGUCACCAGUGUUCCCUUUAUUAUCCUGGGCCUAGGAAUUAUUUUUGGAGUCAUCUUUGUGGUGCUUGCAUGUAAGCCCAUGAGGGCGAGGGAAGAGGGCAGAGAAGGUUUAAUAGAUGAAGAGUAAAUAGAUCUGAGUCGGGUUCUGCUGCUCGCCUUGAUACACGUGAGUUCUGAAGACGAGAGGGCUCCGCUCAUCCGGACAUCUUGACUUCAUUUUCCCAAGAAUACGACUUUUCAGAAACAAGUUUAGUGAUGACUGAACUAUGCAGACUUCUCUUAACUGCAAGCACUGCACAACCAUCUGGAUGGCCUAAGAACUCCCCACUCACCCCCACUCAUGAUAUAUUAACCCUCUAUUUUCUUUUUGAGGAAAUCAGGAAUGGGUUUGUAAAAGUGGACUCGAUUUAGGAUGGAAGCUUCAAGGUUACCGUGUGUUUCUAAAAGACUGGCUUAAGAAUGAUUUGCCGUUGUCUUCCAAGAGUGUGGGAAGCCGUGUUUUAAUAUGCUUGUGUGGGAAUGGGAGUUUAUACAGAAGCGGUCCCGUUGGCCCCUGUGGGUCUACAACAGUGUUGGGGCUGUGGAUUGGCCCCUCUUGUGUUUGCUUGUAUGGCAGGCCAUAGAAGCUUGUGUUAGCUACAGCAACCCCAUUUAAUUUAUCAGAAUCACUCGGUACAGACUUAGCCUUCUGCAAACUGACUUCUUACUGGGCACAGUAUCUCUGACAUACAAGGAAGUUUUCUUGCCCCUUACGCUUCUCAUUUUCCUCCAAGGACUACAUAUUCAGACCUUUUGCUAAUUUUUUCUUAGUUGCAAGUCCCUGGGUGUAAGUAGAGGUAGGGAGCAUUUAUCAGGCUAACAAACACAUAAUAUUGAAUCUAUGAGGAAAUUAGAAAUAUCUGGUCUCCAUCGUCCCUUUUGAGCAUGUGAAUUAUAUUUUUAUGUAUGCAUGUGGAGGAAAAUAUUUCACCCAAAAGGUAACUAAUCAGCUUGCUCAAAGCCGAACUAAAACUUUUAAAAAAGAAAAAAACUUAAAAGCAACAACAGCCCAUUAAUUUCCACUGAUGGCAAUGCCCUAGACAAUGAUUCCCAACCUGAGGUACGAACCAAGACAUUUAGGGGUACAUGAAAAAGAUGGAAUAGGUACAUACAUCAACAGUGUAAGACAAGAUACAAGCCAGAAGUUGUGAAAUUAAUUGAAUGUUGUGAUGUGUGGUGGAGUGGGUUUUCUUCAUUAUUUAACCUCAAGAAAAGUCCUAACCCCUCGCUUUGUCAUUUUGGCAAAUGGUAGGGAGUCUCUCCCUAAACACUGUGGUACAAACAGGCCACUACAGUGCGUAUGCUUGGCCAAGUGCCCCUCACAAGCUCAACUUUCACUCUUCUCCACUUCACGGACAUUUGACUGCUGUCAUGCCAGUACUGAUGUAUAUUAAUUACAAACAUUUUGCUAAUAUGAAGGGUACAGUUUAUAGAAAUAGGCUGCCAAGGGGUACGCAAGUGAAAAAAAGGUUGAGAACUACUGUCGAAGAACAUUUUUACAUGUCUCCAGUAUUCACAGGGAGUUUGGAAAUCAUUCAAAAAUCUUUCCAGUGAAUACAAAAAAUUAUGUUACAGCCACCAUGAGUUGAUUCUACAGGUUUUGCAGCAAUUAAAUUCCUAAAAGUAUAGGUCAACAAUGAGCGGUAUUUUUAGCACAAUUAAGUCAUUAAUUACCUUUUACUAUUUAGUAUGUGCAGAAAAAUAAAUCGGUACAAGCAAGUUCCUUUCUGCAGCCUAGUUAAGUGUUAUUGUGAUAUCAAUGUGUUUAAUUGAAAAAUGUCAGUGCUAAGAUUUUAAUUUUUCAAACAUACAGGGUAAAUCAUUUGCACAAGCUUCCAAGGGAACAGUUAGUGUUGUGUAUCACCCUGAAAAACCAACAGUCUUCAUCUGUCAAGGACUUGCAACCUCCCCUUCAAGUAUCUUACUCAUACACAGACCUGGGUAUCAUCCAACAAAACUGACUGGCACUAGUUACUGGACCAGAUGAAACGAGGCCCCUUCAUUCGGAAAUAAGGGUCUCUCUUCAUCUGUGCAGCACAUGAUCUUGAAUUAAAAUAAUAAUAAAAUAAUGUUUAUAUUGUGCUUUUCUGAACUGCGCAAAAAGCAUCAGCUGCUGAGGCUCUCUGUAAUCUUCCCAACUUUUAUGUAAAAAAAAAAGGCCUGUUGAAUUUAUGGGAUACUAACCUUGAGCAAAUUCAUGACAUGAGCUGAUCUUAAUCAUUACAAUAUCUCAGCAGUAAGGUUUUCUGCCAGAUCUUGUUUUUUCACAUUUAACAUGCAUGACAGGGACACGUGUAUUUGCAAAGAUUUUCAGUUGAAGAUACUCUAAUACGAAAAAGGGAAAUUAAUUUCAGAAAGCUGUUACAUGUCAACUAUUUAAAAUAUUUUUCCUUAGGAGCCAUCCUUCCUGGAUCAGUCAGGGUAAAUCCUCCAGAGCCAAGAUAAAGCUUCUUAACCUUGUAUGUAACAAAUGAAGUGGGCUGUUUUCAUAUCACUUAUCUUUGUCCAUGAAUGUGGUAUAUCGGAUUAAAUGAGUUUUUGUUGUUAAA